ACAUGUUCGGCCCUCUCAUCCAUCGGUUGAGGACUCUAUCUUGCUGACAUAUACUAGCCUCGGCUUCGCCCUCGGUCCUCUCUGCUGGGCGCCCAUCUCUGAGGUCUGGGGCCGCCGGUGGUCGAUGCUGCCGGCCGUGUUCCUGCUGGGCGUGUUCAGCAUCGGUUCUGCCACCAGCACCAGCCCUGCUGCAUUGCUGGUAACCCGGUACUUUGCCGGCCUCUUUGGCUCUGCGCCAGUGAGCAAUGUCUCGGCGGCCCUUGGGGAUAUCUUCCACAUGCGGGCACGCGGCAUCGCCAGCACCUCGUACGCCGUCUGCGUCGUGGGGGGUCCAACAAUGGGGCCGAUCAUCGGGGCGGCGCUGCUCACAAACCCACGGCUGGGAUGGCGCUGGACUGAGUAUAUCGAGGCCAUAGUCGUCUUUGCCAUUGUUGUCUUGACUUUCUUCUGCCUGCCCGAAAUGUACGCGCCUGUCUUGCUGCAGCGCAGGGCCGCCCGGCUGCGCAAGGAGACAGGCAAUAGCCAGCUCUACCACCCGCACGAGCACCUGCAACUGGACGCGCGCAGUAUUCUCACCAAGCAUCUUGCGAGGCCCCUCGUGAUGCUCGUGAGCGAACCGAUGGUCACUGUGAUUUCCCUCUACGCUGCCUUCACCUACGCGCUGCUCUACCUCACCCUCGAGGUCUUCCCCAUCGUCUUCGAGGAGAUCCGCGGCUGGGCGCCCGUCGACUCGACGCUGCCCUUCCUGGGCCUCUUUGUCGGAGUCCUGCUGUCCUCCCUGUUCAUCAUCUGCGUCGGCCAGCCGUACUACAUCCGCAAGUUUGACAGCGGCGGCGGCCGGCCCGUCCCCGAGGCCCGUCUGAUGCCCAUGGCGGUGGGCGGAUUCUUCUUUGCAGGCGGCCUGUUCUGGUUCGGCUGGACGGCCUCGCCCCCUAUAUCGCCGGCAUCGCCAAUUGUCGCGGCGGUUGUCUUUGGCUGCGGCUUCUGCAUUGUCUUUGGCCAGUGCAUCAACUUCCUCGUCGACACGUAUGGGCCGUACGCCGCCUCGGCCACGGCCUCGGCCACGUUCUUACGCAGCGUGCUUGCUGCUGCCUUCCCGCUCUUUUCACAGCCCAUGUUUCGCAGACUGGGUGUUGGGUCGGCUAUGUCUGUAUUGGGUGGUAUUGCCACACUGGCGGUUCCUGUUCCCUUCCUCUUUAUGAUUUAUGGUAAGCGCCUGCGGAAGAUGUCCAAGUUUGCGCCGUUUAAUGGAUAAUCUCUGUAGACCAAAAGUCAUAUAUAAGUAUGCUCUAAAUAAACUUCACUCUUGAUUGCACUCCAUAGAACCUUAUUCUUUAUGAGUCUGUAAACUCGCCAUGGGGGC